AUGGUCUUUUCCAAGUAUAAAGAUUUCGUAGAGGACGGUGAUCUUGUGGUGGCAUGGAUAGGGAGAAAUAAGUUGCUUCCUUUAAAAAUCGAGGACGGCCAAACUUUCCACAAUCAAUAUGGUGCUUUCCCCCAUUCAGAAAUGAUUGGCAAACGGUAUGGACAACAAAUUAGUUCCUCUGCUAAACAGGGAUUCAUUUACCUCCUUCAGCCCACUCCUGAACUUUGGACAUUAGCUCUUCCUCAUCGUACCCAGAUUGUUUAUACUCCCGAUAUAUCUAUUAUUUUCGAAAAACUUCGCAUUGUCCACGGGACAAGGGUUAUUGAGGCUGGAACAGGAAGUGCAAGUAUGUCUCACGCAUUAUCAAGGACUGUUGGCCCAUCAGGAAAGCUGUAUAGUUAUGAAUAUCAUGCUUCCAGAUAUGAGACGGCUCUGCAAGAGUUCCGCGAUCACAAUAUGUUAGAUGAAAUUAAUGGAAACACUCACCUCACACAUCGAGAUGUUUGCAAGGAUGGCUUUGAAACGGAAGGUUUACCAUUAAAAGUAGAUGCUAUCUUCUUGGAUCUGCCAGCUCCUUGGGAAGCAAUUCCUCAUUUGAUAAAACACGUUAAUCGUAAUGGAACCACACGUGUUUGCUGCUUUUCUCCUUGCAUGGAGCAAAUUCAGCGUUCCGCAUCUGCUUUACAAGUUUCUGGUUGGUGUGAUAUCGAAAUGCUAGAGGUUUCUUACAAACAAUGGACUGCUAGGAAAUCUAGAGUAAUUCGUGUUGACGAUUCAAUCGAUAGAUUAAAGGAAGUAAAGCGUCAUCGAACGGAAGGAUUUGAGCGAAGAAAAGAAAGACAGCGUUUAGAAAAAGAGUUUGCUGAAUCUGCAGAGAACGGUGAGGAGCUUAACGAUUCACAGGUUUCUACUCCUUCAGAACCACCAUCGAAGAGCCCCACUAGUACAGAAAAGAUUCAUAAACGUAUACGUGAAGGUGAUGAAGAAUAUGAAUGGAGCAAUGUUGCACGCGUUGAUUCAAAUCUGAAGAACCAUACAAGUUAUCUUUUGUUUGCUGUCCAUCUUCCUUCACAACUCGACAACGAAAGCGAGUCCACAGAAUAG